GUUCCGAUGGAGCGCGUCCUCGCCGUGCAACUAUAUAAACCCAGCACAGAAACCACCAGGCUUUCAGACACGACUCACAGCUCCACAGUGAGAAACUGCAGCCAGGAGCGGACGGGAGAAGACAGAGCAUCAACUAACUAUGCGUUUUCUUGCAAACGUGUGCGUCUGCUGGGUCGCGUGCAUCCUGCUGGUUGUAUGUUUGGGUGCAGUGGUGGAAGGAUAUCCGACAAAGCCGCAGAACCCAGGAGAGGGGGCACCUGUUGAGGAUCUGGCGAAGUAUUACACUGCGUUAAGACACUACAUCAACCUCAUCACGAGGCAGAGGUAUGGUAAAAGGUCAAACACUGAUGCAUUAUCCCCAGACCUGCUGUUUGGAGAUGCAGAGAUGCAACUGCGGUCCAGAUAUGAGGACCCUUUUAUGUGGUGAUGUCAAUGUAGAUAAAUAUGUCUCUUCUUGUUCACUUAGCAUCAUUGUUUGAGGCAAUAAUCAUAAUGACAUUAUCAGAAAUGGUUACUUUCAUGACUCCAUCUCAUUUAACUUUUGUGAUCUCAUAUGUAGUCCAUCUGUAACAAGCAUCAGGAUACAACAAACUUGUUAGUUAAAGAAUUACAGUCUGAGGUCUUUUUAGGACAUUGUUGCUAUUACAUUGAAUCACUUAAGAUGCUCAUGAUGUUAUUACAUGUAAAAAAAAAUUGCAUGUAACCUGCAUCCCCUAUAGACUUCCUAUAUUUGUUGUACGCAUUAUAGCUGCACCAAUAAAAACAAUUACUGACUGGUGUGAUAUAA